UUCCCUGGCUUAUCUGCCUGGGCCAUUUAACUUCAUAGUGUGGGCUUUGUUUGUUUGUUUGUUUGUUUUGUUUUGCUUUAUGCUUUUCAAAAGGUUGGGAUACUUUAUUCAGUUUACCUCUCAAGCAAUGAAACAAGUUGUUUAUCCUGGUAACAGUAGAUAAUAAUUUCCUUUUCUUACUUCGAGGUUUUAGGAACAAACAAAUCUCUGAGCUAAUCCACUAGAACCCAGCUUUCUCUUGAGACUGGUGUUAAAUCUGACCAUUUUCUAGAAGAUGAUCCUAAGUGGAAAAAGGUGCUCUUGUGUUGAAUUUCUACUCUUCCACCAGUGAAGUAAAAGCGAUUUAAAGAUGAAUAAAAAAAAAAAGGCAUCAACUCCACCACCGCGGAAACUUCCUGAGUGGAUGCUUACGCAGGUUGAGAGAGGUGCUGUGGAAAAAAGAAAGGCAUGUAUUAAGAAGAGUGUUUUAGAAGAUGAUCUUCCCUUCUUAGAAUUCUCUGGAUCCAUAGUGUACAGUUAUGAAGCUAAUGAUUGUUCUUUACUAGCUGAAGAUAUUAGGAUGAGUCUGUCUGAUGGAGAUGUGGUAGGAUUUGACAUGGAAUGGCCACCAAUAUACAAUAAAGGAAACCUGGGCAAAGUUGCAUUAAUUCAGUUAUGUGUGUCAGAAAGCAGAUGCUACUUGUUUCAUGUUUCUCUUACGUCAGUUUUUCCCCAGGGAUUAAAGAUGUUGCUUGAAAAUGAAUCAAUUAAAAAGGCAGGUAUAGGAAUUGAAGGCGAUCAAUGGAAACUUCUACGUGACUUUGACAUCAAGUUGAAUGGUUUUGUGGAACUGACAAAUGUUGCCAAUGGAAAGCUAAAAUGUAUAGAGACGUGGAGCCUCAAUGCUUUGGUUAAACACAUCUUAGGUAAACAGCUUCUGAAAGACAAGUCUAUCCGCUGUAGCAAUUGGAAUAAUUUUCCUCUCACCGAGGACCAGAAACUGUAUGCAGCCACUGAUGCUUAUGCAGGCCUCAUCCUUUAUCAAAAAUUACAAGUUUUGGGUGAUGCUAUGCAAAUGUUUGCUUUAAACCAAGAGGAGGAAAUACUGCCUAGUGUUGUGAAGAAACAGUUGACUUCAGUCUCUGAAGAGAUGAUGGAUCUGGCUAACCAUCUUCCUGACACUUUAAGAAAAUUGGAAAAUCCACAGAGGGUUUCCAUACUAUUGAAGAAUAUUUCAGAAAAUGUAUAUUCAUUGAAGAAGAUAUUAGGACCCACUGACACAGAGACUGAACUGCAACCCAUCAGUGGUUUUAGCUUAUUACCACUGGAAGAUCCAACCGCUAGUGGUGGAGUACCACAAGAACAAAUUAGAGAACAUAAAAUUUGUACUGAAGUUGAUGAGGAAGAAUGGGACUCAACACUUGAUAAUUUUAUUGGACUUGAUGUAGAAAAUAUACCUGGAAAUGAAGUGAAGCAAGAAGAAAAUAAAUUGGAAGAUGGAUUAGAAGACAAAUUGAUAGAGAAUGCAAAAAGGACUUGUUUGAUGUCAUUAGAUAUUACAGAAUCUGAACUCCAAAUUUUGGAACAGCAGGCUCAAGAAAAAAACAUGAAUGAUGUUAUUUGCAAAUCUCCUGAGCAAUCAUCUUCCAAAAAUAAUGAAGAAGAUAUAUCUUAUGUCAUUGAAAGUGAUGAAGAUUUAGAAAUGGAGAUGCUUAAGACUUUAGAAAACCUAAAUAGUAACACGGUAGAUCCAGUUCAUUCAAAAUGCACAGAUAUGGGAACAAAUCUGGAUCUUCCUUCUAAAGAACAUGAAGAUGAGAAUGAAGCUGUUGAAGAGGAACAAGAUGAAGAACGUGAGAAUGAAGAUAUUGAAGAAGAAAAUUAUGAAGACCAUUCAUUACCAGGUCCUAAUACAGAGCAUAUUACUUGCCUCAAGACCUACUUUGGCCAUUCUAAUUUUAAGCCGGUUCAAUGGAAAGUUAUUCAUUCUGUUUUGGAAGAAAGAAGAGAUAAUCUUGUUGUCAUGGCAACUGGAUAUGGAAAGAGUUUGUGUUUUCAGUAUCCACCUGUUUAUGUAGGCAAGAUUGGCCUUGUCAUUUCUCCUCUUAUUUCUUUGAUGGAAGAUCAAGUACUCCAACUUGAAAUGUCCAAUAUUCCAGCUUGUUUUCUUGGAUCAGCACAGUCAAAAAAUAUUUUAGAGGAUGUUAAAUUAGGCAAAUAUCGGAUUAUAUACCUAACUCCAGAAUUCUGUUCCCAUAAUCUGAACCUACUCCAGCAACUUGAGGCUAAUAUUGGUAUCACACUUAUUGCUGUGGAUGAAGCUCACUGUAUUUCUGAGUGGGGACAUGAUUUUAGAAAUUCAUAUAGGACUCUCAGCUCUCUAAAGGCAGUACUCCCAUUGGUUCCCAUUGUUGCACUCACUGCUACUGCACCUUCUUCAAUCAGAGCAGACAUCAUACAGUGCUUAAAACUGAAGGAUCCUCAAAUUACCUGUACUGGUUUUGAUCGACCAAAUCUGUAUUUAGAGGUUGGACGAAAAACGGGAAACAUCCUUGAGGAUCUGAAGCAAUUUCUUGUCAAAAAGACAAAUUCUUGGGAAUUUGAAGGUCCAACUAUCAUCUAUUGUCCUUCUAGAAAAAUGACAGAACAAGUUACAGCUGAACUUAGGAAACUGAAGUUAGCCUGUGAAACAUACCAUGCAGGCAUGAAUAUUAAGUCACGGAAAGAGAUUCAUCAUAAAUUUAUGAGAGAUGAAAUUCAGUGCAUCAUAGCUACCAUAGCAUUUGGAAUGGGCAUAAAUAAAGCUGACAUUCGCAGAGUCAUACAUUAUGGUGCUCCUAAGGAAAUGGAAUCAUAUUACCAGGAGAUUGGUAGAGCUGGCCGUGAUGGACUUCAAAGUUUUUGUCAUGUAUUCUGGGCUCCGACAGACAUUAAUGUAAAUCGGCAUCGCCUUGGUGAGAUACAGAAUGAAAACUUUCGAUUGUACAAAUUAAAGAUGAUGAUGAAGAUGGAAAAAUAUCUUCAUUCUAGAAAGUGUAGACGACGAAUCAUCUUGUCUCAUUUUGAAGAUAAACAACUACGAAAGGCCUCUUUGGGUAUAUUGGGAACUGAAAAAUGCUGUGAUAAUUGCAGGUCCAGAUUGGAUCAUUGCAUUUUAGUUGAUGAUUCAGAAGAUAUACUACAGGACUUCGGUCCACAAGCUUUCCAGCUAUUAUCUGCUGUGAACAUCUUAGGAGAAAAGUUUGGAAUUGGGCUUCCAAUUUUAUUUCUCCUAGGAUCUAAUUCCCAGCGUCUUCAAAAUAAAUAUCGCUGUCACAAUUUGUUUGGCUCUGGCAAGGAUCAUACAAAGAGUUGGUGGACAGCUCUUUCCCAUCAACUGCUGACUGAGGGUUUCUUGGUAGAAGUUUCUGGAUGCAACAGAUUUUCAAGGAUUUACAAAAUUACAAAAAAGGGUAGAAAUUGGCUUGAUAAAGCCAAAUCAGAAUCUCCUCAGGAACUUCUUCUUCAGGCUAAUGAAGAAUUAUGUCCAAGGAAGUUUCUUCCAUCAAGUUCUAAAACUGUAUCCCCAGGAAUUCAACAGCAUUCCUCUAUUCAAGUAUCAGUUAAAUUAACUGCAGAGGAUAAGCCAGACUUGGAGAAGAUGUAUUCUUACAAAACACGUGAUAAAAUUUCUUCUGGCAGUCCUAAAAAAAGUAUCAUGGUGCAAUCAUCAGGAAAAUAUUACAAGUUCUCAGAAACUGUUAUCUCUGCUCAAGAACAGGAGACUCAGACUGUGUUGUAUGGCAAAUUGGUAGAAGCUAGGCAAAAACAUGCCAAUAAAAUGGAUGUUCCUCCAGCUAUUCUGGCAACAAAUAAGAUAUUGGUGGACAUGGCAAAAAUGAGACCCACUACGGUAGAAAAUGUGAAAAGGAUUGAUGGUGUUUCUGAAGGCAAAGCUACUAUGUUGGCCCCUCUGUUGGAAGUCAUCAAAUGUUUCUGUCAAAUGAAUAGUAUUCAGACAGACGUCUUUUCAAGCACAGAACCUCAGGAAGGGCAAAAGAAAAGUCUGGUGGUGAAUAAUGAAGCCUGCUCACUUUCAGAUUCUGCAGCCAUCACAUAUUCUUUAUUUGAAGGAAAGAAAAUGUCUUUGAAGAAUAUAGCUGAGAAUAGAAUCCUGCCUCUCACAGAAGUUGGCAUGCACUUAUCCCAAGCGGUGAAAGCUGGCUACCCUGUUGAUAUGGAGCGAGCAGGCCUGACUCCAGAGGUUCAGAAGAUUAUUGCUGAUGUUAUCCGAAACCCUCCCAUCAACUCAGGUGAUAACCAUGACCCUAGCCUGCACCCUUAAUGACUUGAGUCGUUGAACCCAGAUGA